AUGCCCCGCGGCUUCCUGGUGAAACGCAGCAAGAAGUCCACGCCCGUGUCCUACCGGGUCCGCGGCGGCGAGGACGGCGACCACGCGCUGCUGCUCUCGUCCGGCUGCGGGGGCGCUCGCGCCGAGCCCCCAGCACCGAGCCCCGGGCCCGGGUCACUGCCGCCGCCGCCGCCCGCCGAGCGCGCCCAUGCGGCGCUCGCCGCCGCGCUCGCCUGCGCGCCGGGCCCGCCGCCGCCACCGCCGCCGGGCCCGCGGGCCGCACACUUCGGCAACCCCGAGGCCGCGCACCCGGCACCGCUCUACAGCCCCACGCGGCCCGUGAGCCGCGAGCACGAGAAGCACAAGUACUUCGAGCGCAGCUUCAACCUCGGCUCGCCGGUGUCGGCCGAGUCCUUCCCCACGCCCGCCGCGCUGCUCGGAGCAGGAGGCGGCGGCGGCGGCGGCGCGAACGGCGCGGGCGGCGGUGGCACCUGCGGCGGCGACGCGCUGCUGUUCGCGCCCGCCGAGCUCAAGAUGGGCACGGCGUUCUCGGCCGGCGCCGAGGCGGCUCGCGGCCCGGGGCCCGGACCUCCGCUGCCCCCCGCCGCCGCCGCCGCCGCUGCUCUGCGGCCCCCGGGCAAGCGGCCCGCGCCCCCUUCCUCUUCCUCCGCCGCCGCCGCCGCCGCCGCGGAGCCCCCAGCCAAGGCAGCCAAGGGCCCCGGCGCCAAGAAGCCCAAGGCCAUCCGCAAGCUGCACUUCGAGGACGAGGUGACCACGUCGCCCGUGCUGGGGCUCAAGAUCAAGGAGGGCCCGGUGGAGGCGCCGCGCGGCCGCGCCGGGGGUGCUGCGCGGCCCCUGGGCGAGUUCAUCUGCCAACUGUGCAAGGAGGAGUAUGCCGACCCUUUCGCGCUGGCGCAGCACAAGUGCUCGCGCAUCGUGCGCGUGGAGUACCGCUGCCCGGAGUGCGCCAAGGUCUUCAGCUGCCCCGCCAACCUGGCCUCGCACCGCCGCUGGCACAAACCGCGGCCCGCGCCCGCAGCCGCCGCCGCCGCCCGCGCGCCGGAGCCCGAGGCUGCUGCUGCCAGGGCCGAGGCGCGGGAGACGCUGGGCGGCGGCGGCAGCGACCGGGACACGCCGAGCCCCGGCGGCGUCUCCGAAUCGGGCUCGGAGGACGGUCUCUACGAGUGCCACCACUGCGCCAAGAAGUUCCGCCGCCAGGCCUACCUGCGCAAGCACCUGCUGGCGCACCACCAGGCUCUGCAGGCCAAGGGCGCGCCGCCGGCUCCCCCGGCCGAGGACCUACUGGCCCUGUACCCCGGGCCCGAAGAGAAGGCGCCCCAGGAAGCAGCCGGCGAUGGCGAGGCUGCCGGCGUGCUGGGCCUGGGUGCGUCCGCCGAGUGCCACCUGUGCCCGGUGUGCGGGGAGACGUUCCCCAGCAAGGGCGCCCAGGAGCGCCAUCUGCGCCUGCUGCACGCCGCCCAGGUGUUCCCCUGUAAGUACUGCCCGGCCACCUUCUACAGCUCGCCGGGCCUCACGCGGCACAUCAACAAGUGCCACCCGUCCGAGAACAGACAGGUGAUCCUCCUGCAGGUGCCCGUGCGUCCGGCCUGCUAG